AUGGGCGGCGGUGCCUCGUCGGCGGUUGCAUUUUCAGCUGCCGCGGGCAAGAUGGAAGAGAAGGACUUGGAGGAGAUCGUGAAAAACCUCGACAAGGAGGCCUUGAAGAAACUGCAAGGAGUCGUGAACCGAGUGGCUGACGGUAGCAUGGAUGCUAGCAAGGAUGCUAGCAGUAGCAAAGAAUGGCACAAUGCGAAGGAGGCUUCGAGCAUGAAGCAGGCCAUCUUCAUGUGGAACCCAUCGCAAGUUUACGAGGCGAUGUGGGAAGAUGGGAUUGAGUGGGCCUUGCCCAAGGAUGAGAAUGGCACUCGAAAGGGCACUGAUGGCACGGACCUCCUGACCAAGAAGAUCUUCGCAGAAGAACAGCAAAACAAAUGGGAGAGCAGGUUGAAGAGCAAAGCACUGUUCUUUUUCCACGAUCAAGUUGCCGCAGAUGUGCCUUACGUGCCGCCAGAGUCUGCGAGACCGCACGCAGUGUACUUGUGGACAGAGUCUGAGACGCUGAAGGCCUUGAAGGAGAUUGGAGUGGAUACCCACAACUUCGAUGGGCAGAAGCUGCUGAAGGUUGGCUUGAAAGACAUGAUGUGGGCUUUCGAGGCGGCCGACAUGGUCGAGGCUGAAGGCAAGAAGUUCUUCGAGGCUGUGGCAAAGUUCAUGCAGAGUGAGAAGUAA